AUGAAAUUAACAUCAGUCUUAGCAUCUUCAGCAUUAUUAUUCUUGGAUAUCAUGGCUUCACCAAUUUCUGUUCCUGGUGCUACCAAAAGCUCAGUUGCUUCCAAUGAAACCAAUUUUCAAUCAGAUAGCUCUACUGAUAUUUCUAUGGAAGGAGAGAGCUUUUGUUUCCAUGAAACUCAAAGCUCUAGGUGUCUAGGUGGGACCUUUAAAAAAUGUGUCAAAGAGCGCAAUGGAUCUUUUGAUAAAACAGUUCCUAGCUUUUGUGGUUUCUGGUGUACCAAAAUGAACAAGAUUGAAGAUUGUGGAUUUAAUAAGGAGAAAUUUAAUUACAAUCCAAAAUGGUCUUGUAAAGAUGCAAAAUUCGAUUGCUGA